AUGGACCGGCGCGAUAGCCAGCCUGAACCCUCAGCGGUCCCUCGGCCAGCAGCAGGAGCAACAGCUGAUUCUCUAGACAUUCUUGUACCGACAUCUCCUGCACUAUCUACACUAUCGUCAAUCUACUCUCCGGGAUCCACCACGGUAGCUCCCAUCGAGCCUCCUUCUGCACAUGGACCGAGGCAGAAUCUGUGUACUGACGAUCCUCAAUUCCUAAAUGCCCACUUUCAUCCUGAAAUCGUUCCUCGCACUUGGUCGGCUCCGUGUGAUCCCUACCGCGAACUGCCCUCAAUAUUUUCUAGUCUUGAGGUGUAUAAAGGAGAAAACUCGGAUAACAAUGGCCUGGAUGCUGCCCAGAGCGCCAUAGGCCAUGCAAUCGUGACAUACAAAAAGAGUCUUCUAGACGAACUAGAGAAAGAGGGUACCAUAUUCGGACUUAAGGUUCAACUGCCGCCUGACGCUGGAGAUUAUGGGGUCGUGAGAGAGAUGGUUGAAUCUGAGGCUUUUGAAUCUUUCGACCGACUACAAGCAGCACUAGCGGCGCACGAAUUCCGUGAGUAUGGCGUGCCUAGAGAGCGCCGCGUUGACUUCUUCGGACCACCUCCCCCUAGGGAAAUGCGCGAUACAGGUCCCUAUGAAAAUCUCGAUUACUUCUUAACUCUCUCAAUGGACCCGCGGGAUAUCCAUCAACUUGAUGCUUCCAUAACUCGUCGGCAGCCUGGCUCGUACGGGAGAUCUGAUGAGCUAACAACCCCGUCGGGUCAUCAACUAAGCCUCAUCCCACCUAUUCUUACUUCGGGUAUUACGAGAAUGAGCCACUGUUCGUCGUAA